UCACAGAUCUACAUGUACCCUGAUCACAUCCAAACGUUCACUGACUGGAGCUCUUUCUCCUGAUGGAGUGUAUAUCUGGAACUGGCUGAUUUCGUCAAAUAUUGUCGUGUAUAUACUCUUACGACAUAUGCGGAUUCGAACAUACCGGUAAUGUUACAGCGCCAUCUGGCGACAGUUCGGAAUGACAUCCUAGCCUGCCUGGCUUUUCAGUUUGGGAUGCAAUAGAAUGUCUACUGAGAAUCAUCACUAUAACGACCAUGUAGUACGUCCGACCAAAGCACUACUUCCUGCAUCUUCAUCCGCCAAUCUUGUUGCAGCUGGCACUUCUACCACUCCAGCUGGUUCAUUGUUUUCCCAGAAGCUACACCCAAAAAUACAAAAAUCUACUUCACUCAAAGAUCUCUUCUUCAAAAAGAGUUCCUCAGAGGCAAAGCCCGUUACUUCGUCUGCUCAGCCUAGAACUAAGAUAGCAGAUCUUGUUCAGAAACACCUACUUCCACUUAAUUUUAUCAGUUCCUUUAAAACAAACAGAAGAAAUCUUCACGGAGGUUCAUCCACUCAAAAUCUAGUAGUUAAGGAGAGUAGUGAAUCUGUAAGUGAAAAGGAGAAAACCUUCACUGCAGUGCAAUAUCUGUCCAUACCAGACUUUACAACAGAUAAAUCGAAUCCACAGGUCAAAGUAUUUAACAAAACUGACAUAUUAUUUACAACUUCUUUUACUCAUUCCGUCGACAAGUCGAACGACUGUCAGACCUACGAAACUCAAGCAACUAAAGCUUCAAAACCGCGUCUAACGCGGAGUAAGAGUAGAAGUGCUCAGAGCUUACAUAGAGUCCCGCAACUAGGCGCGAUAAAACAAGUCCUCACACGGAGCUUCUCGGACGUGCCGCCUAACUCCAAACUUGCUCAAGUUCAUAGCAGUAGCACCAGUUUGUCGGAACAUCUCCAGUCCAGAAUGUACCGGAACGACCACGUGUCACAGCUUCUGGACCAUCUGUUUAUAGGAAGCGUGGAGGCGGCGUAUAACGAGCCGUUGCUCUGUCGACUCAAAAUUGACUGUGUACUGGACAUAAGUAACUGUGCCGCGGCAGACGUCCCCUCCUCAAAGAAACUCCACUGUCCCUGCAUCUGCCCCGAGGAGAACCAGCAUUUUCGAUCCCGGCUCAUAAUUCAGUUGGAGGAUAAAGACACGGAGGAUAUCGAGGCAUAUUUUCCGGAAAUAAACAAGUUCAUUGUGGCUGCAAGGCAUCGCGGGAAGCGAGUGCUUGUUCAUAGCUAUCACGGCAAGUCACGUGCGGCAGCUGCUGCGAUUCAGUACAUGAUGAGUCAAGAGAACUUCCUCCUGCGACAGGCGUUCAACCUAGUCAAGAAUCAGCGUCCUUGUAUAGAUAUCAUCCCGGCAUUCAUGACCAAGUUAGAGGCUUUGGAGAGGAGGUUAUUCCCGGACGCCAAGCCGUCCAUCUCAUUUGGUAAUGAGUACCUGAACAUCGCCGACCCGCAGGCCAUACGAUGUGCCUGGGUGGACUGUGCUGAUAUCUGAGUGUAUCAGACCCCAACGCUGUUAGAUGGUGCUCAUAAAACAAUGGUGUAGGGCGAAUGAAGUGAAAGUUUGUUUGUGGACAAUGUUAGCUAAAUGUUGAAAUUUUAAUUAUAUCAAUGAAUCCGUCGACCCGGGAAUAUAGCCCUGCUUAUAUCUGCCUUAUUUGUACUAGAUUCAGACAAUCGUGCCAUCCGAGCCAUUUUAUCACUGAAGCUAGAAUAUGUUGUGUGUUGUGUAGAUUAUAUAUAGAUGGGGAUAAAUUGACCCAGAAUAGUCACCUGACUGGAAUUCGUUUAUCUGCCUAAGUAAAGGGAUUUAUGAAAGAUAUUAUUUUUUACAAAAUUGGAAUAUUCGCUGAAGGAAGGGAUUUAUCAAGGAGAAUUUUUUCACGAGACUGGAGUAUCUGCCGAAGUAAGGGAUUUAUCAAGAUUUUUUUCACGAGACUGGAAUAUCUGCCGAAGCAAGGGAUUUAUCAAGGAGAUUUUUUUACGAGACAAGAAUUUCUGCCAAGUACAGGAAUACAUUAUUUGACGACAAUAUGUUGUUAUUUGAACAUUUACUUUUGUCAUUUUGUUGUGAAUGUGAUUUUUACAACCAAGGAUUCUGUACUCUUGCCUGUGGUCGAGGAUAUUCUUGUAAAGGUAUUGACAGCGUUAUACGUGUUUCCUUAAACAAGCGGGAUUCCAUCACACAUGGUUACAAAAAGGUUAAUUAAUAAGUAUUAAAACACUUUGACAGACUGGCAGGUCAACUAUUUCUCUAGGGGUUCUUGUGAAAAAUAUCUUAAACAGUGGAUAUAUUUAUCUUUGGCCGCUUUCGAACGACGGCAAAACGAGUUGUAAUACAUCCUGGUACAAGUAACAUUAAUGUUAUUACCACAUUUAGUGAAGGCUACAUACAUAACAUUGUUGAACUUAUUAACGAUAUAAAUUUGCUUAUUGAUGGUAACGUUUAAGUAAAAAAAAUGUUACAAGCACAAGCUGUGUCAAAAUAACAUUUCAAAACAUCUUUAGUACAUAUUGUACGAAUAGAAACUCGAUAUGUAUGAUGUAUACUGUAUAGCAAGUUGUACAAAUGUAUGAAUAGGUGAUUUACUAUGUAUAGGUGACCGUUAUAAAUGUCAGACUCCAGACUUACUAUGUAUAGGUGACCGUUAUACUCAAUGUCAGACUCCAGACUUACUAAGUAUAGGUGACCGUUAUACUCAAUGUCAGACUCCAGACGUAUGUUUAGGUGACCGUUAUACUCAAUGUCAGACUCAAGACGUAUAUAUAGGUGACCGUUAUACUCAAUGUCAGACUCCAGACUUACUAUGUAAGGUGACCGUUAUACUCAAUGUCAGACUCCAGACUUACGAUGUAUAGGUGACCGUUAUACUCAAUGUCAGACUCGACUUACUGUGUAUAGGUGACCGUUAUACUCAAUGUCAGACUCCAGACUUACUAUGUACAGGUGACCGUUAUACUCAAUGUCAGACUCCAGACUUACUAUGUAUAGGUGACUGUUAUAAAUGUCAGACUCCAGACUUACUAUGUAUAGGUGACUGUUAUAAAUGUCAGACUCCAGACUUACUAUGUAUAGGUGACCGUUAUACUCAAUGUCAGACUCCAGACUAGGUGACCGUUAUACUCAAUGUCAGACUCCAGACUUACUCUGUAUAGGUGACCGUUAUACUCAAUGUCAGACUCCAGACUUACUAUGUAUAGGUGACCGUUAUACUCAAUGUCAGACUUCAGACUUACUAUGUAUAGGUGACCGUUAUACUCAAUGUCAGACUCCAGACUUACUAUGUAUAGGUGACCGUUAUACUCAAUGUCAGACUCCAGACUUACUAUGUAUAGGUGACCGUUAUACUCAAUGGCAUACUCUAGACGUACUAUGUUUAGGUGACCGUUGUACUCAAUGUCAGACUCCAGACUUACUAUGUAUAGGUGACCGUUAUACUCAAUGUCAUACGCCAGACUUACUAUGUAUGGUAACCGUUAUACUCAAUGUCAGACUCCAGACUUACUAUGUAUAGGUGACCGUUAUACUCAAUGGCAGACUCUAGACGUACUAUGUAUAGGUGACCGUUGUACUCAAUGUCAGACUCCAGACUUACUAUGUAUAGGUGACCGUUAUACUCAAUGUCAUACGCCAGACUUACUAUGUAUGGUAACCGUUAUACUCAAUGUCAGACUUCAGACUUACUAUGUAUAGGUGACCGUUAUAAUCAAUGUCAGACUCCAGACUUACUAUGUAUAGGUGACUGUUAUAAAUGUCAGACUCCAGAUAUGGUGGGUCGAGAGUUUAAAUCAUUUGUCUGUUUCGUGUGUGUGUGUUUUUUUUUCCUCUUGAACUGUCAGUAAAUAUAAUCUAUGUACCUUGUAUAUCUAUGUUUGUACUAGUCACUCAAUACACCCCUCAGACAAAUUGUAAAGACGAAGUCUUUUCAUGACCUAUACACUUUUUAUUAGGGUACUUCUGUCACAUAUUCUGGUGUUACAAAAAGUAGUAUAUAACAUGCAGUUAUUUUCAUAUAAAAAUAUACUUAAGAUGAUGAAGAUUAAAAUUUUGGACAUU